CUCACAGUUACCAUCUUCUCCUUCUUCUUCUUCUUAGCAAACCCAAAACCACUCCAUUCCCUCUCUUCUUCUUCUUCCAAAAUCAUCGUAUAUCAAGCCCUCAAACGAAUCCGAUGGGUUUAUUGUUCAGAACCAGCAGCUCAAGCAUGACGCAUUACAUGUCCACCCCCACUCCCCUCUUAUUCCACUCUUGCUCCCUCCCACAGCGCUUCAACCUUCAAUCAAUGGCGGCCAAAAGGGUCCGCUCUGAGCUCCAAGUCAAAGUGAACGGUGCUCUCUCCACUGCCGACUCCGACUCGCUCUUCCUCGACCGCCAGAAAGCUCUUGAGGCAGCCAUGAACGAUAUAAACAGCUCCUUCGGCAAAGGAAGUGUUACCAGAUUAGGCAGCGCCGGCGGAGCUUUGGUCGAAACUUUCCCCAGUGGUUGCUUGACAUUGGACCUUGCCUUAGGUGGUGGCCUUCCCAAAGGGAGAAUUGUGGAGAUAUUUGGUCCAGAAAGUAGUGGAAAGACAACUCUAGCACUCCAUGCAAUCGCAGAGGUGCAGAGGCUUGGAGGAAAUGCUAUGCUUGUUGAUGCAGAACAUGCCUUUGAUCCAGCAUAUUCAAAAGCAUUGGGAGUAGAUGUUGAAAAUCUGAUUGUCUGCCAGCCUGAUCAUGGCGAAAUGGCACUUGAGAUUGCAGAUCGAAUGUGCAGAUCUGGUGCCAUUGAUCUUAUAUGUGUUGAUUCUGUCUCGGCUCUCACUCCACGAGCAGAGAUUGAAGGUGAGAUUGGGAUGCAGCAAAUGGGUUUGCAAGCACGCCUUAUGAGCCAAGCAUUGCGCAAAAUGUCAGGAAAUGCAUCUAAAGCUGGAUGUACUCUCAUAUUCUUGAAUCAAAUAAGAUAUAAGAUUGGUGUGUAUUACGGGAAUCCAGAAGUGACAUCUGGAGGAAUUGCAUUGAAGUUCUUUGCGUCAGUCCGCCUGGAAAUACGAUCUACAGGGAAAAUAAAAUCUGUAAAAGGAGACGAGGAAAUUGGGGUUCGGGUCCGUGUACGAGUGCAGAAGAGUAAGGUUUCGAGGCCAUACAAACAAGCGGAAUUUGAAAUUGUGUUUGGAGAGGGAGUAAGUAAAUUGGGUUGCAUUUUGGAUUGUGCUGAAAUGAUGGAUGUUAUAGUGAAGAAGGGAUCUUGGUAUAGCUAUGGGGACCACAGGUUGGGUCAAGGAAGAGAUAAAUCAUUGCAGUACUUGAGAGAGAACCCUGUUCUUCUUGAUGAAAUAGAGAAGAUUGUUCGCUCCACAAUGACAGAUGCAACUGGACAGGUAGGCUCAUUCCAUACAAGGCACUUGCCAGUAACACAUCAAGAUGAAGAUGAUUUCGAAGAUGUCCAAUGAGUAGAAACAGAUUUUUGGUAUUAUCACUGUUUUCUACACUGGAUUUGGAUUAAAGCAGGUACAGUGCUGGGCAUUGCAAAGAAACAGCACCAAUUAGCAGCUCCAUGGUGCCUCGAUGUUUGAUAAGUUGAUAUUAUAAUCUUACCUCCAAGUCCAUUUGCAAAAACUGUUGUUAGAGAUAGGGGUGGUUCUAUAUGUACCAAGCAAAUGUCCCCAAGUAUACUCAGCCCUAGAUCAAAGUUUAUCAAUCUUUUCUAACUUUGUCAAAGAAAGAAAGUACAAACCCAGCCAAAAUCCGUACCGCUCGGCUCCAUAGAAGCUGCAAGCAAUCCAGGGCGGUGGCUCCUCAAUGAAUUCCUUGUUUCUAUUCUUGAGGGAAGCGGGGAAGUCUGUUUCUUGGUUUUUAUUCAUGUUAAUUCAAAUGACUACCACUGAACUACAUUUAUUAACAAGAAAAAUGACUUUGUUC